AUGAUGAAGACAGACUGCAUUGAGAAACCACUAACCGGUUUGUUUUACAAACUUGGUAAAUUGGUUGCACGGUGUCCUUGGCCGUUCAUCAUUAUUCCCGUCAUCAUAUCUGGAGGCUGCGGCGUUGGACUGAUGCGACUCAAAAAUGUUGUGGACGUCGAGUACCUUUACACACCGGACGAUGGUCCAGCUAAACAAGAACGCGCAAUUAUGAGACGACAUUUUCCAAUGGACUGGUCAACGAACUUUCAGGCCACCAGAAGCCAUACUUUGGAUGGUUAUGCACGCGCUAUUUUCAUUCCAAAGAAUAGUAAAACAAAUGCUCUCUCUGAAGACAUUUUGAAUGAAAUCAUAGAAAUUGAUGCCAAAAUUCGGAAAUUGAACGCGAAAGACGACAAGAAAUAUGACUAUUACUGUGCGAGAUCGAACGGCUGUUAUAGCAAUAAUAUCUUAGAAAUUCUGAAUUACACUGCAAACACAAUAAAUCACAUCAGUCUGACAUUCCCAACGUUUGAUCAGCGAUUUCUUGGAACAGAACUGGGUGGUGUGACAUUGAAAGAAGGUGAAGUGGUCGAAUCUGUUAAAGCAAUUCGACUUCAAUAUUAUGUUAAAUAUGAGAACGCCACGAAUAGGGAAGAUUCCGACGUUUGGCUCGAGGCGUUUAAGAAAUUCAUGUUGUCCAUUGAUACGAACGACGUCAAUGUUCAUUUUCUAACCUCGAGAUCUUUACAAGAGGAACUUGAAUCUUCAACCACGGGUAUCAUUUCCUCGUUUUCCAUAGCGUAUACUAUUCUUUGCACGUUUUCUAUGGUGUCAUGUCUGAUGUUUGAUUGGGUCCGUAGUAAGCCUUGGCUCGGGUUGAUAGGGGCAGUUACGGCCUGCCUUGCCAUACUCACAUCCCUUGGGCUGCUAUGUGCCGUCGGUGUAGAGUUCACCAGUAUUGUCGCAACGAUGCCAUUCCUAAUAGUAGGAAUUGGACUGGAUGAUAUGUUCAUUCAAGUCGCCGCUUGGCGGGAGACGAGUUAUCAUGACACUGUCGAAGAAAGAAUGGGUCUCACGUUUAAGGACGCUGCGAUGUCAAUCACGUUGACUUCACUUACAAAUACUCUAGCGUUCUGCAUUGGUGCCAUCACGUCUUUUCCGAGUGUGCGCAUCUUCUGUCUUUAUACAGGGGUGGCGGUGGUGUUUUGCUUUAUCUAUCAGAUCACUUUCUUUGGAGGAUGCAUGGCUCUUCUCGGGAGAAGGGAACAUGCCAACCGUCAUUGUUACGCAUGUCUCAAAGUUCUGCCCAAGGAAGACGCUUGUGACAAGUCGUCAAUGUAUCGUAUAUGGUGCACUGGAGGCUCUAAAACGAACUCCACAGGGAUCACAAUCCAUUCUGGAACCGAGUUCUUCAAAACUUACUUCGGGCCAGUACUGAUGCAUCCUGUAUCAAAAGUUCUCGUGAUCCUCACCUUCUUAGGUUACAUGGGAGUGGCUAUAUGGGGCGUGUUUAACUUGCGAGAAGGCCUGGAGUUGAAGAACCUUGCCCCAGAUGAUUCUUACGCUACAAGUUUCUAUCACCAUGACGACAGUCUCUUUAAUUCCAUAUAUGGCCCGCGUCUCCAGGUAGCAAUCACACAACAAUUGGACUAUUGGAACGCAUCUUCCCUUGAGGAAGUGGACAAGUUGAUAAACGAAUUGAAAAGGUCAAAGUGGAUUUUUGACAAUGAGACAAUGAUUGAGAAUUGGCAUAGAGAUUUUUCAGAAUAUCUGAACUUAACUAGUCGGUCAUUUCUCAAUCGCACACAAUAUAUCGAUAUACUCAAAGAGGAAUUUUUAAAGAUUCCUGGUUUUAAACGAUAUCAGUUAGACAUUGAAUUUACUGAUACCGGAAACAUAUCCGCGUCUCGAUUUUUAAUUCAGUCGCACGGACAGCGCAAUGCGGAUGAACAACGCAAAUUAAUGGAAGAAGUCAGAGAUAUUGCCAGGCGUUCUAAAUUAGCAGUUACCGUUUACCAUCCGGCAUUUAUAUUUUUUGACCAGUAUUCCGUUGUCCUAAGUAAUACUUUGCAAAAUAUUGGCGUGGCUGUGGCCGUCAUGCUACUCGUGGCCAUACUUCUGGUACCCCAUCCACUAAGUGCGAUAUGGGUAACGCUCAGUAUUUGCUCUAUAUCUACAGGUGUUGUUGGUUACAUGACUCAUUGGCAAGUGAAUUUGGACUCCGUCUCUAUGAUCAAUAUCAUUCUUUGCAUCGGUUUCUCUGUUGACUAUUCUGCCCAUAUCGCUUACCAUUUUGUCAUAAGCGAUGCUAAAACCAAGAAUUUAAAGGCGAUUUCUGCCCUACAUUCAUUAGGUUUACCAAUUGCGCAAGGAGCCAUCUCGACAGUACUUGGCGUAGCUGUUCUAUCUGGCGCGAAUACUUACAUAUUUCGAACCUUCUUUAAAACAAUGUUUCUCGUGAUUACGUUUGGAUUUUAUCAUGGUCUUUUUGUUCUCCCCGUGUUUCUUUCCAUCGUGGGUCCUGGUCCGUCCAACUGCAAUAGUACAAUAGAGGGAAAAGUACACACUGAGUUUAACUAUGAUAAGGAAAUAAAAGACAAGAUCCAAGAUGAAUAUAAUCAUGACAAGUCAACAGAAGACAUUGUACAUCAUGAGUUAAACUGUUAUGAUACAUUAGAGCCCAAGGGUCACACAGAAUUCAAGAUUCCUAGACCAGUGGUACUAAAAUACCCAAAGGGGCAAGACAAUUUGAGUUACAUUUCGAAUGAACUACCACACAUAGAUUACUCAAAUCAGCAGAAUAUCAAUGGUGGUAAUUUUGUAUUGUACAAUAAUAGGCAGAUUCGACCUUACAGUCCACCACGCUAUCAAUAAGCAUAUGUACAGGCAGUCCCUAAUAUUGCAAAGUAUUACAUAACAGGCCCGUAGCCAGAAUUAG